AUGGCCCCACCUCUGAAUACCAUCACACGGAAGGCCCUCGAACACCUGACGUACACCCUAAAGUGGAAGAAGCUGCCAGGGACAAUUAACGCGACAGCCAACAUGCAGGCCCAUAAGCCCGCCCCAAACCACGUUAUCUUCAAAAAGAUCUCCCGUGACAAAUCGGUCACCAUCUACCUGGGGAAGAGAGACUACAUAGACCAUGUUGAACGAGUUGAGCCUGUGGACGGCGUCGUACUGGUGGAUCCUGAGCUCGUGAAGGGCAAGAGAGUGUACGUAUCUCUGACGUGUGCCUUCCGCUACGGCCAGGAAGACAUCGAUGUGAUCGGCCUGAGUUUCCGCAGGGACCUCUACUUCUCCCAGGUCCAGGUGUUCCCUCCCGUGGGGGCCUCAGGCGCCACCACGAAGCUGCAGGAGAGCCUGAUUAAGAAGCUGGGGGCCAACACCUACCCCUUCCUGCUCACGUUUCCUGACUACUUGCCCUGUUCAGUGAUGCUGCAGCCAGCUCCGCAAGAUGUGGGCAAGAGCUGUGGGGUCGAUUUCGAGAUCAAAGCAUUCGCCACACACAGCGCAGAUAUGGAAGAGGACAAAAUUCCCAAGAAGAGCUCUGUGCGUUUGCUGAUCCGGAAGGUACAGCACGCGCCACGCGAGAUGGGUCCCCAGCCCCGAGCCGAGGCCUCCUGGCAGUUCUUCAUGUCGGACAAGCCCCUGCGCCUCGCCGUCUUACUCAGCAAAGAGAUCUAUUACCACGGGGAGCCCAUUCCUGUGACCGUGACCGUGACCAACAGCACAGAGAAGACAGUGAAGAAGAUUAAAGUGCUAGUGGAACAAGUGGCCAACGUGGUUCUCUACUCGAGCGACUAUUACAUCAAGCCGGUGGCUGCGGAGGAAACACAGGAAAAAGUGCCACCAAACAGCUCGCUGACCAAGACGCUGACACUGGUGCCCUUGCUGGCCAACAACCGCGAGAGAAGGGGCAUCGCCCUGGACGGGAAGAUCAAGCAUGAGGACACGAACCUGGCCUCCAGUACCAUCAUAAAGGAGGGAAUAGACAAGACCGUCAUGGGGAUCCUGGUAUCUUACCAGAUCAAGGUGAAGCUCACAGUGUCAGGCCUUCUGGGAGAGCUCACCUCCAGUGAAGUGGCCACUGAGGUGCCGUUCCGCCUCAUGCACCCUCAGCCAGAGGACCCAGGUCAUUUUCAGGAUGAAAAUUUUGUUUUUGAGGAGUUUGCUCGCCAAAAUCUGAAAGAUGCAGGAGAAUAUAAGGAAGAGAAGACAGAGCAGGAGGCGGCUAUGGAUGAGUGA